AUGUUGGCUAUGGCCAUCCAUGCGAUUCCUAGCGAGAAGUGGUACCAGGAUGCGCUGCUGUUCGUGCUCAACCUCUUCCCGCAAGUAUGCUUCUCGUUCGCGCUGCUUGUUCUCGGCUUCACCAACGUCGGCGGAGGGGACGAGGAAGGAGAAGGCGAAGGUGACUUCGAAGACGACUUCGACCCGUUCAACAAAUACGUUCGUCGCAGCCUAAUCUACAUGGCGUGUGAGGUUGUGGUCUACACGAUUUUCCUCCUCCUAUUAGAGAGAUCGUCGGCGGGCGGGUCGUGCUUGUCGAGCUUGUGCGGCAAAGCCGCCGUGGGCGCCAGCACCCUUCUCAGCUCCGUGAGCCCCCAACAGCUCGGGGAAGGGGACGUGCUCGAUGAGGAUGUGGCGCGAGAGGCCGAGAGGGUACGACAAGGAGGCGGGGAUGGAGAUGCCGUCAAGAUUGAGGGGGUCACCAAGGUAUACCCGACACAUGCCGGAGCAAAGGUUGCCGUGAAGAGCACGUCGCUGGGGAUUCCGAAGGGGCAGUGCUUCGGACUGCUCGGGAUCAACGGGGCCGGGAAGUCGAGCCUGCUAUCCAUCCUGUCAGGGGGGAUUCCAGCCACGGCCGGUGCGGCGUCGCUAGGGGGACAUGACGUCGGUAAAGAACCCGAAGCCAUCCACCGCCUUAUGGGCUAUUGCCCCCAGUUCGACGCCCUUUUCGAGACCUUGACCGGCCGGGAACACCUCAGGCUGUAUGCUGCCAUCAAGGCCGCCAGCACGAUGAUCACGGAUCUGGGCCUUGGGCACUACGCCGAUAAGUUGGCAGGCUCUUACAGCGGGGGAAACAAGCGCAAGCUCUCGGUGGCUGUCGCCAUGAUCGGGAAUCCGCAGAUUGUUUUUUUGGACGAGCCAUCGACGGGUAUGGAUCCGAUGGCCCGGCGGAUGAUGUGGAACUACAUCAUGCGCAUCGUCACUCAGAAUCGGUCGUGCGCCAUGAUCUUAACGACGCACAGCAUGGAGGAAUGCGAGGCCCUUUGUCAGCGCAUCGGCAUCAUGGUCGGGGGGCGCAUGAGGUGCCUCGGUAGCUCGCAGCACCUCAAGACGCGCUUCGGGAAAGGGUUCCAGCUCGAGGCCAGGGUCGGAGCCGUCUCUCCGACGGUAAGUUGGUCUUGGGCGGCGACGACCGCACGGAAGGCGUUAAGCCAUCGCAUGAAAUAUUUUGGUAUCCAGUCGCAACAGUAUUGCCGUCUCCCAUUCUACAAUAACCCCGUCCUUUCAUUGUUUCUCGAAAAACCACAGGAUAUCGACGCGAUGCUCGCUACCAUUGCCACUGCCACCGGCGGACAAGCGUCCCUCCCCAGCGAGCUUUGCGGUCCCGCUCUGGACGCCGCACAAUGCCCCGAACUCGCACCGGAAAUUACCCCAGAGGGAAGAGGGGCAAUGGUGUACCACGCCCUCGCCAACGAGCGGACUGUCUUGGCGCGGGACUUCGCCGCGUGGCUUUGCUUAGAGCAGAGUUGCUCUCGGGUGAUCGCGUUUGUGGAGAGCAGCUUCAAGGGGGCUCGUUUGCGCGAAAAGCAGAACGCCAAGAUGCGUUUCGAGAUCCCGCAGCAAGAGGAUAAGACGCUGGGGGCAAUGUUUGGGUUCAUCGAGGACAACGCUGCCGAGCUUGGCGUGGGAGAGUACUCGCUCAGUCAGAUUUCGCUUGAGCAAAUCUUCAAUGGAUUCGCCUCUCAACAGCAAGAGGAACAAGGCAGGGCAGCUGGCAUCGUGUGACGUGUUUAGCUUGCCGACGCGCAACUGUUGUAUG